AUGUCAUGCUUGAAUGAAUAUGAAGAGAAAAUGAAUGUUGAACUAUUCUUUUUGAAAAUUGGAGAAAUUGAUACAUUAAAAGAACAAUUUCAAGCCGAAGCAUUUAUUCAAGCACGAUGGGCUGAACCGACCUUGAAAGGAACGAACAUCGAUUCUUUUGAUCCAAAUAAAUUUUGGAAUCCAUUGUUAUACGUGGAUAACUCGGUGGGAGAUUUGAAGAAUGAUACAUGGCAUAAAGUUGUGUACGAUGGAAUUGAUACACCGAUGAUUUAUGAAAUGAGAAAAGUGAAAGGCGUGUUUCUGGAGAACCUCGAAUUGAAUGACUUUCCUGUCGAUGUUCAAGAUUUAUCCAUCACCGUUUCAACAACUCGCACGGUAAAUGAAGUUUACUUAACAGCAGAUACAAGUCAGUUAAGUGCAAUUAAUACACAUGCAUUUAUCGAUCAACAAGAAUGGCGUUUACACGAACAUGUCGAAACGUCAACAAAAUUUCUAUCAAAUCCGUUUACACCUUCACAAAAUCAGCAUCCAGCAUUUUCUGCUACUUGCCGAGCUGCUCGACGACCGGGAUAUUUCUAUUGGAAUGUUUAUUUUCUAAUCUUUUUCAUCACCGUAAUGGCAUUUGCAACAUUUAGUGUAACAUACAAUCUUCCACAGAAUCGUCUUCAAUUAAGUUUUACCCUUCUUCUCACAUCUGUCACAUUCAAAUGGGUUGUUGUUCGAUGUUUACCGACAAUAUCCUACUUAACAACUCUAGAUAAAUAUGUUCUUCUAUCCAUGGUUAUGCUAUGUACUGUAUGCGUAUGGCACGCAAUUAUUGCUGUUUUACCAACCGAUAUCGCACCAUACUGGGAUAAAAUUGCUUUUAUAUCUUUCGCUGUAAUUUAUACACUAUUUCACGUUGUAUUUUUUCUUUGGAUGUAUUUUGUGACUUACCGACGACGGCGGGAAAUGAAGCGAAAAGAUCGAGAAUAUUUAAAAGAUCGUUUGGAGCAUUUAUCAACAUUCGCAAAUCAAUCCAAUGAUGAACCAAAUAAACAUGUGAGUUCAUCAGCUGCCACGACUGUUUUACGACGAACGACAAACGUCAAAGUUGAUCGUCGAUUGUCGAAUUCGUCCGAUGGAACAUUUCGGCGUCAUUCAGUCGAAGGAAAUCAUCAAAUUUUAACCAAUCGUCAUGCAAUUGAUGGAAAUUAUCGUGCUACAUCGAUUUCGAAUCCAUUUAAUUCGACAAAUUCCUUUCAUAAUAAUUACAAUGGACAACGUGUUUUAAUCACAUCGGGUGAUAUUGAAGCAAUGACAAUGAAACAAUUUCAAAUGGGUUCUCUUGGAUGUUAA